AGAGACAAAUCCCACCCGUCGUGUCUUGUUCUUGUUCAUCCUCUGUUUCCUCUUUUCCUAAUUUUCAUUCACUGUUUUUUUGCCUUACUCAUUAAAGUCUCAAACUUUGCUUCAAAUUCAACCCAUCUCUCACCUUCCCUUACAAUCAAAUCUUCAAUCACUCUCUCCCAAUUCUCACUCUUCUGUGGUUUGGAGAUUUUUCAAAUGGAAGGCGGUUCGGCUAGUGGGUCGGCUUCGACCUUGUCAAACAACGAAAACGUCCUCGUCUCUUGCGAGGAUUCUUCUUCUCCGGCUGAGAACGAGCUCGAGCUUGGUCUCACGUUGAGCCUAGGUCGAGAACGUAGGGUUUCUUACGCUGAUGAUUCUUCUUCUUCGUCCUUGAGUAGCAGAGCUAGCGUCACUGCUGGGAUCAAGAGAACAGCUGAUUCCAUGGCCGCAACUAGUGGGCAAGUUGUGGGGUGGCCACCGAUAAGGAGUUAUAGAAUGAACAGCAUGGUUAACCAAGCCAAGACAUUAGCCAUGGAAGAUCCGAUCAAAAACAGAACUGAUGGAACAACAAAGAUGAGAAUGUUUGUGAAGGUGACUAUGGAUGGUAUUCCCAUUGGAAGGAAAAUCGAUCUGAACGCUCAUAGAUGCUAUGAAUCGCUGUCCAACACUCUUGAAGAUAUGUUUCUGAAACCCAAAACAGAUGGUAACUUGGAAACAAGGCUGAAGAUACUACCAGAUGGGUCUUCUGGAUUAGUACUAACGUAUGAAGACAAGGAAGGAGAUUGGAUGCUUGUUGGUGAUGUUCCCUGGGGGAUGUUUAUUGGUUCUGUCAAAAGGCUCCGGAUUAUGAAAACAUCAGAAGCUACUGGUACAGCUCAAAUGAUCUUAUGAAGCAUAUAAUACACUCUACAAGAAUCCUUCAACGUUUGAAACAAUAUAAUAAGACAUAUCACAAGAUCA